GAGUACCACUACAGAGGGAGUCUCCCAUUCUGUCAAAUCCCCAUCCACCUUGUCAUCUGCCCCCUGGAGGACUCAAGAGGCCACAUGGCAGCUUUGGGCCACACUGGCUCCACCCAGGGCCCAUUGUGAUCUCGGUGGUCAGGCUGAGCUGUGAGCUGGUGAAGUGCUCCAUCAUUGAUGUGAAGACCAGGCCCAUGGAAAGAUGGAGGAAUGGAAGAGCUGAGCUCCUACUGGCAGUUGCCCUGAUGCUGCCCUGGGCACACAGUUCCCUGGCAGUAACAUGUGGCCAAAGAAGAAGUGCCAAAUCUGAGGAUAUAGAGAUUGGUGGAAUUAUAGGAGGGAAACCUGCAAACAUUACAGAGUUUCCAUGGCAGGUGGGCAUUCUUCACAAAGGCAUUCAUCUCUGUGGAGGAACCAUCCUCAAUGAGUGGUGGAUUCUAACUGCAUCCCACUGCUUCCCAACAAUCAACCAAACUAACUUGGAGAUCAUACACGGCAUUGACAACAGAAAUAGCCAGAAUGUGAAGAAGUUGAAAGUGGACAAGUUAAUUAUGCACCCUUACUUUGAUGAGUUGAUGCUUGAUAAUGACAUAGCUUUGAUCUUGCUCAAAACUCCGUUAAAAUUGAGUGUCAGCAGGAUACCCAUCUGCCUUACAGAGGUCACCAACAUGGAAAGAUGGAGUACCUGCUGGGUGACCGGAUGGGGUGUUACUGAUGUCAGUCCUGGGAGUACUUUACCUAUAAAUCUCCAGAAAGUCAACCUUGAGCUAAUUGACUGGAAUAAGUGUUCCCGUGAAUUGCCUCUUGUCACCAAGAACAUGCUGUGUGCUGGGAAUUCUGCAGGUGGAAAGGAUGCCUGCCAGGGUGACAGUGGGGGGCCUCUGGUUUGUGACAAAAAGAAGAACAAAGACAAAUGGUACCAGAUUGGCAUCGUUAGCUGGGGUGUGAGCUGUGGCGUUAAGGAGUUCCCAGGAAUAUACACCAAGGUGUCGAAUUAUCUGCUGUGGAUUAACAAGGAGACCACGCAAGCAGGGAAGCCUUACGCACAUGAGUCAGACUCUGGGUGCCUCUUGCUUCUCUCGCCUGGGGCCUUCUUAUUCCUGUACUUUGUGAUGCUUCUAUUGCCUUGGUGA